AUGGAUUGCAAUAAUUUUCUUGAGUGUCUCCUUGGCCGAGCUCCGAUCGCUAAAGAUGCGCAGCAUAUGAUCGAUCAGAAAGCGUCCGGAGUCGUCUCGAAGGAACCGGUAAGAUCAAGCGAGGAGGUCGCAUCCGAGUUCAUCGACAUCCUUCGCACAGCCGAGAAGGGAGGCAAGGACCUGGAGCGACGACUCCGGAACAUCGUGACGACGAACUCUUGGACCGAAAAUCUCGCCAAAUUCAUCCUCAGCGGUGUCGAAGGUCUUGUCCGCCACCGUGAUACCUUCGGCCAGGUUGUGAAGGAAGCGAUGGACAAGUCGACCGACUUGGCGCAGCAGGUCUUCGGCUUUGUGAAUGAGCAUCCUGUCCUCGUCACCGUCAUUGCCAUUGGCAUAUUGGUCAUCAUCGCCCCUUGGGUCAUUGAGGCGUUGGGUUUUGGUGAACUUGGUCCAGUAGCCGACACCUUUGCCUCCUGGUGGCAAGCUCGAUAUGCAGGCUACGUCCCCAAGAGAUCCUUGUUCUCUUUCCUCCAGCGCCUCGGCAUGACUUGGAGUUGA